GAAGGAAAUUGACCAACACGUGAGGCCUUCAGUUAGAGGCAGCUGCGGACAGAAUUGGAACGUCCUGCUUUAGUGUGAUCAUGUUUCUCCAGUAUUACCUCAACGAGCAAGGAGAGCGAGUCUACACGCUGAAGAAGCUUGAUCCUAUGGGACAACAGACGUGCUCGGCCCACCCUGCUCGAUUCUCCCCAGACGACAAAUACUCUCGACACCGAAUCACCAUCAAGAAACGCUUCAAGGUGCUCAUGACCCAGCAGCCGCGCCCCGUCCUCUGAGGAUGUCUUAACAUUUCAUGUGUCUUCUGCUGCCUGCCAGCACCCAAGAGACUUUGCAGCCAGGCUCUUCAGUCUGUGAGCCUGGAAGCUUGCUCCGACCCUUGCCCCUUGAAUCCGGUCUCAUCUUUGCCUUCGAUCAUGCUUGUUGUGAAGCAGUCAUGGUAGCAUCCCCGUCCAAGGGGAGAUAUUUGAAUAUUUUCGUACUUUGAAUCACUGCCAGAUUAUUAAAAUGAUUUCAAAGAGC